UACCAUCAUCUUCAAAGUUUUCAGAGACACUCUCUGAAUCUUAAAAUCAGGAGUGACAUGCUUCCUCUUGACCUCCAACUAACUAGGCACAGAACUUGGCAAAUUGUGUUCACGGUCUCUUUCACUUUUCUCCUUUUGUUAGUAAGAUCUGGGGUUUUAUCCCGGACACUAGCUUCUUUUGUACUGGACACCUUGUCAUUCAGGUAUGUGAACUCUCCCCGGGGGCAGGGGCCAGCACGAGCUCACAGAGAGCUUGCUUCUGCCGCACCCGGUCCCCUCCAAUCCACAUGGCCUGCAGUCUCCCCUGUCCCCUGCGACCCGACGCUGGCUGGCUGUGUGCCCUGCGUCCCCGGCAGGCCCAGGCAGUUCUCCGGGAAGCCGCUCUUCCCUGCUGUGUAAUUAGUGAGUACUGUGUGGUGGACUCCCGUGGGAUUAUGUGGCUGCCCUCAUCAGACGUUCGUACAUGGAGUGUGUCCCGCCUUCCCCUCCACUCUGCCCAGUGCCAGUAUACCCCUCUGUGGCUGCCAUUCAUCUGAUACCCUUGUUCCCCAUGUCCGUCUGGCCAGUGGGAGCCUGGCUUGUUGCUGCAUUGCCCUCAGAUCCUGAGCAGAGCCAGCUCUUAGCUGGCGAUGGGUGGUCCUUGAGCAGCACAGGAGUCCCGUGGGUACAUACCGCCCCAGCUCCUUUCAUACUGCCAGGAGCCCGCGCUUAUGCGUUUCAGACACCCUUCUGGAUGCUGAAGCAGCUUCAUCCUGGUGUGAUGACCGCCUGCUGUUCGGUUAAUGCUGCAUCUGAGGCUCUCUGGCCGGGACCUCCAGGGGCACUGGAAGCGGCUGGAGUACAGAAGGGCCUGAUCAAGAUCCGGGGAGACCGGUGCUGGCGGGACCUCACCUGCAUGGACUUCCACUAUGAGACGCAGCCAGUGCCCAACCCUGUGGCCUACUUCCUGCACCAGUCCCCAUGGUGGGUCCACCGCUUUGAGACGCUCAGCAACCACUUCUUGGAGCUCGUGGUGCCCUUCUUCAUCUUCCUUGGACGGCGGAUGUGCAUCCUCCAUGGGGCCUUACAGAUCCUGUUCCAGGUGGUCCUCAUCAUCAGCGGGAACCUGAGCUUCCUGAACUGGCUGACCAUGGUGCCCAGCAUGGCCUGCUUCGAUGACGCCACUUUGGGGUUCUUGUUUCCCUCCGGGCCCGGUGGCCUUAAGGACCAAGUCCUGAAGCUGCAGGAGGAGGCUGCCCGAGGGGCCCGCCCCCCUCUGCGAUACGGCUGCAUGGUGCGGCGGGCAGUGCACGUGGCACUGGGCAUCCUGGUGGCCUGGCUCAGUGUCCCCGUGGUCAUCAACCUGCUGAGUCCCACGCAGGUCAUGAACACCUCCUUCAACCCUCUCAGGAUCGUCAACACGUACGGCGCCUUCGGGAGCAUCACCAAGGAGCGCACGGAGGUCAUCCUGCAGGGCACAGCUAGCCCCAAUGCCAGCAUGCCGGACGCCGUGUGGGAGGACUACGAGUUCAAGUGCAAGCCGGGUGACCCAGGGCGGCGGCCAUGCCUCAUCUCCCCCUACCACCACCGCCUGGACUGGCUCAUGUGGUUUGCCGCCUUCCAGACCUACGAGCACAACGAGUGGAUCAUCCACCUGGCAGGCAGGCUCCUGGCCAACGACGCCACGGCUGUGUCCCUACUGGCCCUCAACCCUUUCGAGGACAGGGCACCCCCCAGGUGGGUCCGGGGCGAGCACUACAGGUACAAGUUCAGCCGCCCUGGGGGCCAGCACGCUGCUGCAGGCAAGUGGUGGGUCCGCAAGAGGAUCGGCCCCUACUUCCCCCCACUCAGCCUCCGCGACCUAGAGGACUACUUCCGGUCACGGGAGUGGCCAUACCCAGAACUGGAGUAGAAGCGGCCCCAGGUCUGUGCACAGAGGAAUAAAGUAGGAAGGCCCCGUC